AUGCCUCUCUUCGGUUCCAACAAGAACAAGAGCCCGCCCUCGCCUCCGCCCCAGCAGGCACCGCAGCAGUACGACAACUACGAUUCGCAACCCAACCGCAAGGGUAGCAUCUUCUCGCGUCGCUCCGCCGAGCAGCCUCGCCAGGCUCCCUAUGACGACCCCGCUAUGCACCCCGCCGACCAGCAGUCGACCCGCAGCGGCGGCGGCGGUCUCUUCAGCCGCAAUCGCCGCUCGAGCGACGACAUGAGCUACGGCGGUAGCACCCGCUCUGGCGCUUUCACCCAGGACCACAGUAUCACUGGCGCCCGCGACAAGGUCUUCCAGGCCGAGGCCGCUGAGCGCGCUGCCGACCAGGCACUUGCCGCGGCACGCGGUGCUGUGCGCGAGGCGCGCGACCAUGUUCGCAUGCUUGAGCGUGAGGCCGUUGAGGAGGCCCGCCGCGCGAAGAUCAAGUCCGAGGAGGCAAAGCACGUCUCGAAGAGCGCUCGCGGCCUCGGUCGCCACGGCUGA